GUUGGAAUUCUAUGAUAGAACAUUGAAGUCUAGCUUCAAUACGUAGCGACCCUCCCUUUGUUGCAAAUGAUUCAGCUAACCGAAAGUCUCCCGCCAGGCCGGCCUCGGAUGCCCAGUGCGGACUAACUUAACUCCCCCAGACGGAGACCCCUGGGGCUAUUUUCAAGGUCAUGUGAUGGAUCACCUCAGCCGUCCUGAGAUUGCUUACGGGGUACUCCGUUCUAUCCAAAGCAACCAGUCGAAGACUCUUCGCCGUACAUAUGCUCAUGGUGAAUGAUGAGAUUCAGUCGAAUGUGAUAUCCAUGCCUGGGGAAAACCUACCCCAAAGUCAAUGCCGUCCCGUUCCGCCUCUCAUUCCGCAUUCGAUUGCUGGGCUCUUAGUGUUCUUUGUAACCUGAAGAGGCGCUGUUACACGGACAGAAUUUGAUUAUUACGAUAAACGUCAGUCCUCAAUAACUUACGGAGCACACCCGUUCCGGUCUUCUCUCUACGGAAUUUUGCCGUAGAACAAGAUCAAUAGAUGACCUUUGCCAAGGAUCUUUCUACGAAAGACAUUAUGCAUACCCGAUGCUUGGGCUGCACUCAUCGGAGACAUUUCAUUUUGCGUUGCAGAUCACCGUAAAACCUUAGGUGCCGAAACCCAUGCUCGCGAUACGAACACACACAACCCCCUCCGGUGACCAUGUCUCUAAUCCUAAUAUGGCCAACAAUUUGCGCAAGAAGUACUCGCAAAAUGAUACCGCUGUCUCUUCUGACUCCUAGACUGGUCUCUAGGGCAAGCUGUUCACAUUCGAAUCUGUGAGCUGGCGAAUCGUCCCUCAAAGGUUAAUUUCACCAGAUGAGGUUCCCCCCCAACACCGAAAAAGAAAAAAAUAUAUAUACGGAUAGCCCUGUCUGUGUAUUACCCUUUAGACACUCUGAUACAUGCAAUAUUUAUCAUACGUCCCCCAAGUUCUUCGAACGCGUGGAACUGGAUUAUGGGCUGGUAUUGUUAGGCUUCAAUCCGUGCGCUUGGCCCGUGAUGCCACUAGAAAAGGGAGAUGCUAAAAAUAGAUGUGCGACCACACAAGCAUGCAACCAACCCAUUGCUGCAUGGACUUGAGGAUUUAUAUACAUUCAUGGACGAUAUGCGGAGCUCUGGAGCGCAGAUACAAAAAUCUUGCCUUGGCCUGGAACCCGGUAUUCAACGGCUCUUUUUUUAAUCGCUAUUUAGAGUCAUUGAGUAUAGCAUGGGUGUUCUUGAAACUUACCUGCUCCGGCGAGGACAGCCUUUAAUUACUCCAAUGGGCCUGCGGAUGAGUUUCCAAUGAUCUCGGCUACAAAGUAUGCUUUUAGCACUCCCACCUUAAUGUAUGUUCCUUAUGCAAAAUUCAAAAAUUUUCUGGUAUUUUAGG